AUGAUUUCUAUCAGCGUUUCGCCCUCUGCUAAGCCUCUUGUAGCGUUUCUUCAUCUGUCAGGCAUCUUCCCCUUUCAGUGUUUCGCCCUCUGCCAAGCCUCUUGUAGCGUUUCUCCAUCUACUAAGUCUCUUUUAGCGUCUCUUCAUCUGCCAAGCCUUUUGUGGCGUUUCUCCCCUCUUGUAGCGUUUCUUCCUCUGCUAAGCCCCUUUCAGUGUUUCGCCUUCUGCCAAGCCUCUUGUAGCGUUUCCCCAUCUAUUAAGCCUCUUUUAGCGUCUCUUCAUCUGCCAAGCCUUUUGUGGCGUUUCUCCGUCUGCCAAGCCUCUUGUGGUGUUUCUCCAUCUACCAAGCCUCUUGUAGCGUUUCUUCCUCUGCCAAGCCCCUUUCAGUGUUUCGCCCUCUGCCAAGCCUCUUCCUCUUGUGGUGUUUCUUCAUCUGCCAAGCCUCUUGUAGCGUUUCUUCCUCUGCCAAGCCUCUUUCAGUGUUUCGCCCUCUGUCAAGCAUCUUUUCAUAAUUAUCUAUCUCAGCCUGUUCAUAUCUAUCUAUCUAUCUAUCUAUCUAUCUAUCUAUCUAUCUAUCUAUCUCAGCCUCUAUGUAUUCAUUUAUUUCCUUCCUUCCUUCCUUCCUUCCUUCCUAUCUAUCUAUCUAUCUAUCUAUCUAUCUAUCUAUCUAUCUAUCUAUCUAUCUGCAACGUUUAA